CAUAGAAUUAUUAGUGGAAAAAUAAGUGACGGGCUCGGGAGAGUUACUAAGGAUGGUGAAGUUCUCUAAGCAGUUUGAGGGUCAGCUCGUGCCUGAAUGGAAAGAGGCUUUUGUUGAUUACUGGCAGCUCAAGGAAGACCUCAAGAAAAUCCAUCUCCUCAACAACAACAGCAACCACCCCAUCAAGCACAGUCAUCACAACUCUUUAUCCAGCAACAUCCUUUCCUCUCUCAAGGAGUUCUCUUUAUUUGGUCAUCAACAUAAGGACCACGAAGCCAUUCAUGUUCAUAAGAAACUUGCAUCUUCAGCUAGUAAAGGCGAUUUGUAUGAGACAGAACUGCUUGAGCAGUUUGAGGAUAGUGAUGCUGCCAAAGAGUUUUUCUCAUGUUUGGACCUACAACUUAACAAAGUUAACCAAUUUUUCAAGACUAAGGAGAAGGAGUUCUUGGAUAGGGGGGAUUGCUUAAGGAAACAAAUGGAGAUUCUUGUCGAGCUCAAAUCUGCAUUCAAAAAGCAGCGUGACAAAGCUGCUAAUUCUUCUCAGGAUUCCACUGAGGAUGCCUCUAUUGAUUGCACCAUUUCUUAUGAGGAAGAUUCUGUGAAAGACAGAAGAGAACAAGAGCAGAUUCAAGACGACAGCACAGGUGAGCUGGAGAAAAAUGAAGUCCUGGACUCCCCAAGAUCAGAAGAGAUGGGGGAGAUGGGAAAAUCAAUGAGGAUGAAAAGAGACGAUAUCAAACUGAGGACACUUUCGGGCCACGUUUUCAAUUGCCAGGGGAAGAAUUUAAGGAUAAACAUUCCUCUAACAACACCUUCUCGUACUUUCUCGGCGAUCAGUUAUCUAGUUUGGGGAGAUUUAGUUAGUCAGUCCUCCAAGAAAUGCAACCCUGAAGGGAGCAAGCUGCAUAUCAACAAAACAAAGUUGCAUCAUGCAGAGAAGAUGAUUAAAGGAGCUUUCAUAGAGCUCUACAAAGGGUUGGGAUAUCUCAAAACUUACAGGAACUUGAACAUGCUUGCUUUUAUAAAGAUUUUGAAGAAGUUUGAUAAAGUAACUGGAAAACAAGUUCUUCCCAUCUAUCUAAAAGUUGUUGAAAGCUCCUAUUUUAACAGUUCAGACAAGGUAAUGAACUUAGCAGAUGAAGUUGAGGAUCUAUUUAUCAAACAUUUCGCUGAAGAAGACAGAAGAAAGGCCAGAAAAUAUCUUAAACCUCAUCAACAUACAGAAUCACACUCUGUGACCUUUUUCAUCGGACUGUUCACUGGGUGCUUCAUAGCCCUCUUCGUUGGUUAUGUCAUAAUGGCUCAUAUCACGGGGAUGUACAGACGGCAGCCAGAUACUGUGUACAUGGAAACUGUCUAUCCUGUGCUUAGCAUGUUCACCUUGAUGUUCCUGCACUUCUUUCUGUAUGGUUGCAACAUUUUCAUGUGGAGGAAAGCCAGGAUAAAUUAUAGCUUCAUCUUUGAGCUGGGCCCUACAAAGGAGCUGAAGUACAGAGAUGUAUUCUUGAUUUGCACCACAUCGAUGACUGCUGUAGUGGGAGUCAUGUUUAUUCAUUUGUCACUUCAUAUCAAAGGACACUCGUUUUCCCAAGUUCAAGUCAUCCCAGGCCUUCUGUUAUUGAGCUUCAUGUUAUUGCUUGUGUGCCCCUUCAAGAUUUGCUACCGCUCAAGUCGUUUUCGCUUCCUUUGUGUGCUAAGGAACAUCGUUCUAUCACCUCUCUAUAAGGUUGUCAUGCUGGACUUCUUUAUGGCCGAUCAACUUUGCAGUCAGGUGCCAAUGCUUAGGAACCUUGAGUAUGUAGCAUGCUAUUAUUUAACUGGAAGCUACAAAAAUCAGGACUAUGGCUACUGCAUGAGGGCCAAGCAUUUCCGCGAUCUUGCUUAUGCAGUGUCGUUCCUACCCUAUUACUGGAGAGCAAUGCAGUGUGCUAGGCGAUGGUUUGAUGAAGGACAGACAAGCCACCUUGUCAAUCUAGGCAAAUAUGUAUCGGCAAUGUUAGCAGCUGGAGCCAAAGUGGCCUACGAGAAAGAAAGGAGUAUUGGAUGGCUGUGCCUUGUUGUAGUUGUCUCAAGUGCUGCAACAAUAUACCAAUUGUAUUGGGACUUUGUAAAGGAUUGGGGUUUGCUCCAGAUCAAUUCAAAGAAUCCCUGGCUAAGGAAUGAAUUAAUGCUUCGUCAGAAGUUCAUUUACUACUUCUCCAUGGGAUUGAACCUUAUUCUCAGGCUUGCUUGGCUACAAACUGUUCUCCAUUCAAACUUUGAGCAUGUUGAUUACAGAGUAACUGGACUAUUUUUAGCUUCCCUUGAAGUCAUUAGGAGAGGACAGUGGAAUUUUUACAGGUUGGAGAAUGAGCAUCUAAAUAACGCUGGCAAGUUUAGAGCAGUUAAGACAGUGCCACUUCCUUUUCAUGAAGUGGACGAGGAAGACUGAUGAUACUCAUUGGCAGCAGUUUCUUACAGAAGUCGGUUGGGAUUUACGUACAUUUUUCAACUCAAAUUUUUCUGAUAAGAACCUUAUUGUACAAGUUGUUUAGCAAGACAUCAACUUGGUCAUAAUUGUUCCAGGGAUGGUAAAAGGUUCAUACUUGUAUACAGAUUUUUCUUCAAGGAAAAAAAAUUGUGCGUAGGGCACUUGCCUUAAUUUCUAGUUAA